UAAAAACACCACUAAAAUUAAAAAAAAUUUCAGAAUUUUCAAUGUCGGGCAUAUUCCGACAAAGUUACAGAAUUGUAACCCCUCCUUUCUAUUGCCGCACUGCAAGUCCAUGUCUUUCUUUCUCUCUCAAACAUGCGACCGACGUUCCAACCCCUCGGUCGAAUCAUUCUCGCCAUUCUGUUGUGCCUCCAACAAUACUCAAAGUAGCAACAAGUAUCCCUCGAGCAGCAAUGACGGAUCUUCAGCAGCAAUGGAUCUCCAGAUCUGAAUGUCUCGGUUCUCCAAAUCUCGCAGGAUUCUACUUCAAGCAAUGGUGAAAUUGAAUGGUAGAGUGAAUCUACUCGUCCUCUUCUUCUUCAUUGAUUUCAUCAUCUUCCUCCAGCCAUCUGCACUGCAAACAGCCGAAGAAAGCAACCGUACCAGGCAUGGGUGGAGCCCAAGCAAUCAAGAGGAUUCCUCGAAUCAAGUUUCCCAAACGCCAUCCCAACCCCUCUGGUCUGCCUCCGCCUUUUUCUUACUUUUCUUUCUUCUUCUUCUUCUUAUUAUUAUGAUGAAUCGAUGAUCGUCCUCAAGGAAAGCUAAUCUUCUCUACCUGAAUCGAAAUCGCCAAGCGUUCUCCCUGUCGUUCCGUUCUUGAUUUUUGACUUGUUCUUCAUGGAUGAUUUCUCUUUGGAAAAUCCUUGACAUGACCUGUAUUUGUGGCUGUGGUUCUGUGUUCGUCCGUUUGAUUUUAAUUUGAUUGCUUAGAGUUGGGAUUUUUUUUGUCUCUUGUGUGGUUAGAUGUUUUGCUUUUAUGGUAAUGAGUUCUAUUUAAAUUCUAGCCUGUUUUAGCUUGAUGAUGGAGAUCCUGAUGCAUUUAUGUGGAUCGCAAUGGUGAUUAAAGAAUACAAGAGUGUGCUAUUAAUUUGUUAUCUCCUAGCUAUGCUGGCUUAACUUUGAUUUUUCUACUUUUGGAUAGCAUUUUUAACUUGGAUUUUGAAAUCUAAUGACACAGAUGAGAAAAAAGGACAAUUUUGUUAACCACACAAUUUUACUCAUGCAGUGUCUAAAUUUAGAGAUUGGUACGGUAUUCGAUUUAUUUGCAAAUCUAGGUGCUAUACGUAUUGAUGAUAUUUGAAGGUGAAAUUUUCUAUAUGGCAAUUUCUACCUCCUGAGACCUUAUUUAUUUUAUAAUAAGUUAGGGUUGUGUGGGAUGGUUUUCAAACCAUUUUGAAGGGGUUUACCUGCGUAUUUUUUCGGGUUCUAAUGGCGGAUGAGUUGUUGAGUCGACAGGUGGAAAGACUGAAAUUGACUAAAGAGGAGAAGGGGGAAAUUUUUGAUAUGGGUGAAGAUGAAAUUGAGGACUAUGAUAAACAAGCUCAAUUCUCACUGGUCUGCAAACUCCUAACAUGGAAGAAUAUCCCUGGUGAGGUCUUCAAGAACAUGAUGCCUAGGAUCUGGGUUAAUGUAAAUGUGAAAAUUGAGUCAGUAGGGAAGAAUCUGUUUCUCUGCAAAUUCAAGACUGUUCGAGAUAAAAGCAAAAUUCUCAACAAUGGACCAUCGUUUUUUGAUAAGUCUAUGGUAAUGUUGGAGGAACCUAGAGCAAACUGCAAUUUCAACGAGCUGGAAUACAGCUAGUUUUAGAAAUGCAUUAAAUUGGCGUGAAAGAAGUUCUCUAACAGUGGAGUUGAACUGCCCAAAAAUAGCGCUAGAGUUUUAGAGAGAUGGAGAUUCAUGUAAAGCUCAAAGGCAAAUCACAUACUGUAAGGCUGAAGAUUCACCUCUCCAUGAGAAAUUAUAAAGUUUCAAGCCUCGGACGAAGUAGAGGAAAGGGUCGAAUCAUGGCAAUGAGCUUCAUGGCUUUCAUCAUUUCAGAACUACCAAGGUUAAACUUCAUCACAUGAUUUGCAUUUUGUGGGUCAAAAUCCAUCCAUAGACUUUGAGCAUGGCUUACAACUUUAUCUUGGGCUAGUUUAGAGGUAGAAGAAUAAGGGACCCAACCCAAACAGUGGGGUAGUUGAAAUCAGACAGUGAUAAGGGAAAAGAAUUCCUAAUUGCAUCAUAAUAGCAAUAUCUCCUACUAAUGAAGACAACAACUUUUGACAAGUAUUCUCCAUUUGUAGUUUCAUUUCAUUUUUUUCCCUUCUAUUUCUUUUUCUGGUUGGUACAGUAAAUUUUAUAGCUGUACGAGCCUGAGAUUGUUGCGUCUGUUUUUUCUAAUUUGAAUAUGGGCCCAUGCUUUUGGGGUGUUGACAUUGAGCCUUGAUAGAUAAUUAAAGGAACUAAUACCAUGAUGUAAGUUGUCAUCCUACUUUGGAUUUUAUUAAGCCUUGUUAGGAUCAGUUCUAGCAGCAAUAUAUUAACUUUUUAAAUCA